GUUUUAUUAAAUAAAAAAGAUGAAUGAUGAGUUAGAAAAGACAGCAAAUUUUUUCUUUCCUGUUGAUAAUUAAGGAAUAAAAUAGAAAUUCGUUCAUACUAGAAGAUUGUUGAAACAUCCUGGUUAGAACAAUGUUUCCAAUCCUUCAACCCAGAUGUAAUAUUGAACUAAUAAAUAUUUAAGAACUGCAUCGAAGCGAAGUUCUGAUAAUUCUGGUGUUGAAGGGUAGCAUACUCCUCCUUAAAUAUGUGGAAUGAGAAAAAGAUCAGAAUUACAUACAAGUUCUGAGGAUAGAAAACCUAACAAUUAUCGAAUAUUUAGUUCUAAUGUAAAUCAACGUUCUAGUUAUCCAUAAUAAUUUAGUUUUGGAAAUUAAUUUCAAUAGAUAAAUGAAUUCAUAUAGAUCAAAGACUAACAUUAAAGUCCUCCAUUUAAAUAGUUAAAAAAGCUACCAGAAAUCUUUUAAUAAAGAAACUCUAGUUAAGGAUUUAGACAACCAUUCAGAAUAUAAAGUGGAUAAAGUAAAAGGGAAACAAUGAGCAACUUUGUAUAAGAUAUUGAAUGUCCUAAAAAAUAAUGUUUAUAGUAAUUGUAAUUAAAAUAAGCCAUUAAUAAAUAAUAAUUAAGAGGAACAUAAAACAAAUUACCGAAUAUUGGUUAACCUGUAUCAUUUUUAUAGACUAAACAAUAAUUGAAGAUGAUAAAUAGAAUAUUUUCAGGCAAACGGGAUCAAUGAUUAUAGUAUAUCUCAUUCCAUUGAUGAUUUUGGUAUUUUAUAUGAACUUGCUUUUUUUAAUCCUCC